AUGGCGGAGACAAAGGGAGCAGACCUAGUGUUCAUGGGACCUAACCAUGAUGGAUAUCAAAGCAACUCAACUAUGGUGACCACCAGCGUGCAAGUACCGAACGACAUUUCCAAAGAGGUGAAAUACGCCGUUAACAUCCCCACUGUUAUGAACGAAGAACAACCGGACCCUAAGCAUAUGCCGGAAACGGCUUUUGUCAUUGCCUUCUGUGUUAAAUUCAAUAAAGCUCUCAACAUAUGGUUUUGGCCUGAGGAUUUAGAUGCGGCUUUAUGCAGCACCGAGGAAAACCCUCUUAUCGAAAAAUUGCAUCGCCUUUUCCUCAGGAACUUGCUUAAUUUAGAACGCUUGGUCGAAAGAAAUAAGUGGAUGACCCUGUUAUCCGAUAUUAUAUCGCAAAGGCUAGAAAACAAUGAAGAUUUUUAUCUCGAUUACAACCCCCUAAAGCGUGUAAACGACAACUAUUAUGCAUUAGGCAUUCGUGAUAAGGUAAUGAUCAUGCAAUGUCUCGUCAGCUGGCAGUUGGUUAGCUCGAAUAAAAUUAAGGAUCUUAUCAGACAACAACAUCAAGGGUCAAACGAGGACGAGAUCAAACCAUUGGAGGUUGAGGUGCUUGGGGAGGAUACUAAACAAUCUAAAUAUUAUUACUUGGGCGUUGGCGCCAGAAUUUAUCGAGAAACUUUAAUUCCGGAUUGCGAUGACCCAUCCUUAGUGAAUAUAAAAUGGGAGGCUGUGUCUACCACCAUCGACGAUCUUAAAAACUUUGUAGGGGACCGAAAUGAGAUAGAUCCGAGUCGAUCUGAAAAAGAGGAUGCCUUGUAUACUAAAAUUGUUGGGCAAGUUAUUCCAUACCUUGAGCAUUUAGCAAUGGAAAAAAUACAUAAUGAUGCCGAGAUUUUACCUACCAGAACUCGUGGACGCAAGAGCCGACCGAGUAGUAAUUCUCCGGCGAGUGACGUAGAAACUGAAGGCAAUUCAAACACCGUUAGUUUUAUUGUUAACAACACAGAAGACAAAAGCAACGAUCCCAACAUUAUUACCAUUGUCAACGACCUCGAACAAGAUCCUACCAACAACAAUGUUGGAGUGGAUAGCAACGCUCUUCCUAUCAACGACGUUCCCGAAAAGAAAAGAAAGAACACUAGAAGAACCACUGAAAAUAAAAAUGGAACUGAGAAAAAAGUUAAGACUUUAGGUGGAAACAAGGCCAGGGAUGCUCAUGGUCGUUUCAUCAGUAAAGCAGCUCUGAAAGCACGGUUGAAGAAAGCUUCUACCAAACCUACUUCAAAAUACAAAAAUGAAGGUAUUGACGAGAUUGUUUUAGGCAACCCCUCCGCAAAUGGUAAUCGAGAGGAAGUGGCUUUUAACGAUGAUUCCACAAAAUUGAUUCAUCACUCGAGCGUAAGUGACGGCAUGCUGCAUAAAAACGAAACAACAAACACCAGUGAAACUAUGAUAUCUGAGCACGUUGAAUUAUCUCGCGUCGAUAACGGUAUAAAUGGAACUCGCAUCAAUUUGGAAAAUGUGGUCGGAUGUUUUGAGGAUGUUCACACCAAUAAUUUAAAGAAUAUCCAUACUUCGAUCCAAAAUCAGAAAGAAAAGGCUACGAUUUCUGAUAACAAAGUUAUCUUCUUUGAAGCGAAAAGUAACGUCCAAACCAAAAGUAAAGGCCGUGGUCGUAACAAGAAGAAUCCGGACGACAAUACUUUACAUCGCAAUGGUUCCAUUAAAACCAAUAACAAAAGUCGUGCCCGCAAAACAAAAGUCGGGGCCACAUCCACCACCAAAAACAAGACGAUCAAAUCCAUACUAGAUGCAAAUUCGGAAAUUUUUCCGGAUUUCUCAAUUAACAAUAACGAUAGACCCCUUUCAGCAAAUCCUGGUUCACUUUAUGGUCCAGUACAUGGCUUUCCUGAUCACUCUGAUUUCAGCAAGAAUACAGGUAGUAAUGGUAGCGAUACUUUUGAUUCAGUUAAGUCAACGUCAAUAUCAACUAGUGAUGGUAAAUUCACUUCGAAGUCAUCGAAAAUGGCUUUGGAUAAUCUCUUAAUUCACGAGCCUUCGAGCAACAACAAUUCGACCCUAGAUGUCCCUCCCCCGGAAAUUCCUCCAGUAUCAGUUGGCGAUAAUUCUCAUAUUCCAAUACCCUCGUCCGCCUUUCGUGAGGAUGGUUCGUAUACAAGUGGAGGAUUUGGAAGAUUUUCGAUGGACAAUAUAGAUACUAUUGCUCGCAUGGAUUCUAUUCCUUCCCCCAUAGAACCUAGUAUAGUAUUCACCGCUGUCAACACUACGAGGAAUCCGAUGAUUGAUAAUAGUUGCAUUAACAUCAAGCCUGAAGAUCAAUUAAGUACAAAUCCAAUACAGAGUCAUGGAAAAACUUCGGUCGCAUCACUACUUAACAGCGAAGAGAUUAUUGAUAACGAUGAGACUUUUGUUGAAAAGCCUAGCUACGACAAUCAAGGCGUCUUCACCGAGUAUACUCCGCCUGUACUUAGGCCCAGAUCAGGAAAGACGAAAACAGACUCUAAAAAAGGACCUGUCGUCCCCAGAAAGUCCAAGAAACAUUAUAGUUACGACACUUCCCAAAACGAGUCAAUAAGGAGGCCCGUUGAUAAAAUAAUCGAUGAGAAUGAUAUUGAGCCUAGAAAUUUGUUUGUAAUAGAGAAUGGCGACGAAAUAGAUAAUGUAAAUAAUUAUUCAUCCUCGUCUACAAAUUACAAGGAAACUGUCGUAAAUAAGAACGAAAUUGACAUCAACGUAUAUAUCGAUGAAUCCAACUCGCUUAACACAAGCAAUAAUGUUGCCUCGAGUAUUGAUAACACUCUGAAUAAUAAUCACAGAUUUACAUUGGACGAAAUGUGGUAUUCAGCUCCUGUCACUCGUCGACAAACUAAAGAGACAUCUGGGCCCGAACCAAUAUCAAAUAUCACUAAGAAAAGUACUAAAAAGCAAAUUGAACAGCCAUCCGUGGUCAAUCUAAACUCAAAUGCUGCCAAAAAAAGUGUCAAACGCAAGGAAACGCUUCAAAAACAAAUUAGACAACCGUCUGUUGCCAAAUCAAUUUCUGGCACCAAAAAAAAGGGCGUUAAACGCAAAGAAAUAUACCGAGACCAACACAAAAACAAAUCAAAUAAAAGGUCAAAAUCUACAUCUCAAUAUUCAGUGAGAGCAAAGAAGAUUCGUGAAACAGAAGGGGCUAUGAGAAAUUUGACCGUUCCCGUUAUCGACAAAGGCAAAGGGAAGAUGGUUGAUAAUGAGGAUACUUAUGUUUCAAAUGGUCCAAGAUAUUUUGAUAGUUCGUCUGCUCUCGUUAAAGUCCAAACCUCUCUGUUUAUUCCUACUCCUUCCCAUAAUGAAAAGAUUAAAGAAUCCUUGGAACAUGAAUUCUUUGAGGAUUUGGAAGUGUUGGGCGAUCCCGAUUCGGAGUUGACGAGUUGCGAUGAACUUUUAGAAAUUAUUGAACAAAAGAGAAGGGUUGAAAAGAGCAGAGGUGAUAUAACAGAGGAAAGUGAAGACGAUUUGUGA